CCACCACAGAAACGCCGACUCUGCACCACGCCAUGUGGUCGAACUAAAGCCUCAUACGUGUCCACGCUGAUGUGAGCAAGGGUUAUGAAUACAACAAGCCGACCCAUGUCUAGUACUUUGGCCUGUGCCGUGCACAGUGCACUGCUGUAUGGCCAGUAACCGAGCAUUGAAGCAUACACAGAUGGCGUUAAAAAUAAGGCUGCGAGAAAGUCAGCCACAGCCAUAGAACAUGCCAAGAAGCGCAUGUUUCUCGGCCAAGUAUUUUGUCUCCCGACAGUUCCAAUGAUUACCAAUAUGUUACUGAUCAAAGCACAUACAACCACCAUACCCAUGAAAGCCGUUUGCCCCACCCCCAAAGGUUGACAACUGUCCUCGGCAUGUAAAGGAAUGACUAACGUGCUGUUUUCAAUGUCAACAAAGUCAAAGUAGUCCGUAGAGUUAAUGCUAACAAAGUCAUCCAUAGCUGUAACGCUGUCUGUGACAUAAGCUGCAAUAUCAGUGGAUCCCAUUUCUGUAAAGUCUUCUAACACGGAGUUAACGGUUGAGUUGACGACAUCUACAUAUAUCAUGUCCGUCGGGUAUUCUACUCCUUUGAGUUCGAAGGUAUCCUGAUCAGUAGCAAUGGCAGGAAUGUCCGUAAUGUUUUCCAUCUUGAAGACGGUAAAUUGAACCGAACCGUUAGUAACAGUUUUCUGUUGAGUAAAUUUUAUCUGAAGUAAAGGGUUGUUAUAGAGCUAAAUCGUUACUUGUACACAAAAGUUCGUGCUUAUUGUAGGUACACCGGUAUCUUCAAUUGUCUUACUGCAGUCAAAUCACAGUGGCACGUGGCCUUACGGACUCCUGAUAGUGACGUCAGAAUUACGGAGUCGUGACGUCGCUGUUACGUACUCGUGACGUCACAAUCACGGACACGGGACGUCAGCAAUAGGAGGGAAGUCCGUAGCGCCCGCCGACUCUGUUGCUGAAGGCUGGGUUGGUACUGCCUACGACUUAUCACCAAGGGCCGCACGGGACAGCUAUAGCAACAGAGGGUAAAGGAGAAAUAUCAAGUUUACACAAGCUCCAAUGAUAUCCUCUUCAUGAACCCUUGGGAAGGGAAGUACAUCACCUGCAGCUACGAUCGUAGGAGCCUCCCUGAAGUCAGAACCAUGAGAGUCACUGGUGAUAACAACAUUUACAUACUGGCUAAGGAGCAACUGGGUCGCGAUGAUUUGUGCCUGUUUCAGUACAUCCAUGCAGAGAAUGUGUGGGAACGUGCGGGCAUGUCCUUAAUAUCUGCAUCGCCAGGGCAAGAGGAAGAUGGUCGUAGUUGUGAAUGGACUUGCUGCGAUGAGCUCCUUGAAAUUGAUGGAGUCUUAUACUACAUUGAGGUGGAAACGAGAUCGAAAACAAGAUUGAGGGUGUUGGUUAAGAUGAGAAAGUACAACCAACACAUGGAUGAGUGGCAGGACUGUUCACAGCUGAAAGUUGACGGAAUUUCAAACUACACACUUUCCAGCGGUCCCUGCCUGUAUUUCCUCUUAAACAUGGAAGUGCAUCGCUACGACCCAAUCCAGGACCGCUGGUGCAAGCGGACCUCACCGAGGGUCCGUUACUAUCCUGAGUGUCCUCAAAUCUGUACAGCCGUUGCCAUGGGAACAGAGAUUUUCUGCACAGAUGAUGACUUCACCCAGACUCUGGUGUACGACACAGAGUCAGACAGCUGGCAGAAGCUGCAAGGCUGGCCGAUCCCGGGAAAGUUUGCUGUUGAUAUUCUUGAAUAUGUUCCCAGGUUUUUCCUGCUGGAGAACCAGCUGCAUGUAUUUCUGUGUAGACACUAUGACACGGACGAAGAUGCGGCAUCACCGGACAGCCUGGUGUAUGUGUAUGACCGGUCCUCUGAUGCCUGGAGAGACUUGGAGGCCACCUUUCCUAAUCGUUACAAUGGGCGUUAUGGGCGUGCACCACUGUGCCCUGUAGCACGUAUGUACUUACCAUAUCUGAAGGGGACAUAAAAACACAUCACUGAAAUAUCAUCAUCAUUUUAGGAAAUAGAAGAGAGAAAUAGCCUAUUCCUUUAGGCCUAGAGGGUGUGAACAAGUUUGGAAACAUAUUUGUCAAUGUUGUUUGGGUUGAAUCAACACUGUAAGGCUGGGCUUCAUUUCAUUUUUUUUUAAAACAUAAUUCAACUAACAUCUUAUAUCUAGUCUGCUUUCCUUCAGCUCGGGAGAUUGUGGAAGUUGUUUGCUUACUUAUGUAAUCUCACAAAUGUCAUGUUUCCAGAAAGAUUACAUGUAUUGUCGUUCGUAGAGAACUGGCCUUUCAUAUGACAAGGACAUUUCUAGCCUGGGCAGUAGUUUGCUCCUAUAUUUGCUUCUGCUACCUAUCUGGGGAACUGUACAUUCAAAUCUUUUGGUGGUGACGUUAGUUAUUGAGCGAAUUAAGGAAUCUGGAGUGCUUGUUCAAACAGGCGUUCCAACACCUGCUCGAAUACAAGUUCUUUGUGACUCACUAUUGCUGGGGAACUUUUGCAAGUGGGAUCUGAUGGUAGGGACCAAUUUUUGAACAAGAAUCGAAUAUUACAGGUGUUAGAGAUGUCCUAGUUCCCACACAUAAAUAAGAGAGAGGCAGCUGUAUAUAUAGUGUAUGAUAAACAUCGGAACACUACCCAGAUGGUACCCAGGCCAGGACAUUUCACCAACAUUUUAACUCUUUUCCCAAAAAAUUGUGUAUGUUGGUCCAUCCGUAUAUAAUGAAGGGCAGGUGCAGUAUUAACAGAUACUUAUCAUUUUCAAAAUUUAUGCGAAAAUGCCAUAAUUUCUAGAGGUAAAAGGUGGGAAAGACAUACUUGUGUCAUGUGCAAGCUAGUUAACAGUGAAUGUCACCAUGCGUAUAUCAUGUAAAUAUCGAAGUCAUUUACCUAGAAUUGAUAUUGAUAUAUAUAUAUAUCCACAUUCCUCCAUGACACAUAUAUAUUAAUACAUACACACACACACAUACAUACACAUACACACAUACGUAGUGUGUGUGUCAUGGAGGAAUGAGGUCUCCGAACUCUUGGUGGUAAUGGUUUAGCAUUGGCCACGGAAAAACAACCGUUACGGUGUUACCAAACUGGCGGCACAGAAAAACAACAAAAGCUUAUUAACGCUUAGCUGGUCACAAAUGAACUUUUACCCUUCAGCCCCAGUCUAUCGUGUAACUGCUGUGCAUAAAGGUCAUCAAUAAAUUUUGUUGGGAGUGCUGGUUUUUAAGAGUUGUGUUCAAGGUUCCUGUCUGACAUUUAACCCAAAAAUUGUUUCAUUUGUUUGGUCGUGUUAACGUCAAACGUGUUCAAAAAUUUAGGAAGGGUCUUUGUUUAUGCGUUGUCCAUCUUCAAGGUCCGUGUCUGAAAUAUGAAAACAGAAUAAAACAGUCUCAUACAAUCAAAAUUUUACAUUCUUGUCAUUUUAUUACAUGUAAUUAACUUGUGCUUGUCUUACGAGCACAUUACAAAAACAUUAUCAGCAAUGAGCCAUGAAAUCUA